CCGCAAACGCACCCAAACUUGGGCGACAGCUGAGCUAGCUGGAUAGCGGUAACCGUCGUUCGUUGUUCACAUCAUGGAUGAGUUUCAGACUGGAGAAGAGGUUAGCUAGAUGUUUAAAAUGGCUAACUAAUAUAUCUAGCUAAUUAAUGUAACAUUUGUUUAAAUGUAAUGCUAUUUGAAGACGCAUUCUAGCUAUGUUUGCUAGGCAGCUAGCGCCUGUUGUUCCCCAGCUACUAUAACUGUUCUGCAUCCCUUUGUCUUUUUAUCCUGCCAGACUGCCUUUGUCGUUGACGAAGUGAGCACUAUCAUCAAAGAGGUACUUUUAGCUAAGUGAAAAGUUAGCUAAUGGUUGCAUUGGUAGGAGACAUUCAUGUUCAGCAAAGUAGCCUAGCUAUUUUCUACCUUGCGACAACUCUCAUCUCCUGCUGCCCGUUGCUAAGGACAUCAUGCAGGGACUAAAUUGGUUGCUAGCCAGUGACCAAUAUGAGAAUGACACUAAUGUGGUCUGUGACACUGCCGUUUAUUCAUUGGUAUUUUCUCUGGAUAGUCAGUAAUUUCAGAAACUAAGCCUGUUCCUCUUUUUUUUAUGUCUUUACUGUCUUUUCAGUCAGUAGAAGGAGCCAUAGGAGGAAAUGCCUACCAACAUAGCAGAGUGAACCAAUGGACCACCAAUAUAGUGGAGCAGUCCCUGAGUCAACUAAGCAAGCUGGGCAAGCCUUUCAAGUACAUUGGUAUGUAGCCCUGAAUGCAAUGAAAGGAAAAGUGUUUGGCUGGGCUAUAUCAAGCCACAUCAGUUGUGGGGGGAGGCACAUAUAAUAAUAAUAUGCCAUUUAGCAGACGCUUUUAUCCAAAGCUACUUACAGUCAUGCGUGCAUACAUUUUUUUGUGUAUGGGUGGUCCCGGGGAUCGAACCCACUACCUUGGCGUUACAAGCGCUGUGCUCUACCAGCUGAGCUACAGAGGACCACAAUUGAAUUGUUACUUUAUUUCCUUCACUAAAAUAUACCAUCACCACUUUCAUUGAUGGAUCAUCCUAUACAAUGAUCAUACUUACAAAUCCAGCUCAAUGUGGAAUGUGUAUUAUUGCUGAAAGGGUCGUUUCACAGUUGUUUCUCUUUCUCCACAGUGACCUGUGUUAUCAUGCAGAAGAACGGGGCAGGUCUACAGACAGCCAGCUCGUGCUUCUGGGAUAACACCACUGAUGGUGAGAAUCUCUCUCACAGACACACAAUCUCUACAACCAGAUUAUAUGAGAUAGUCUAGAUGGAGAUUCUGUCAUUGAUCCCGCCUAACCUUCUCUUCCAGGAAGCUGUACAGUGAGGUGGGAGAAUAAAUCCAUGUACUGCAUCGUCAGUGUCUUCGGCCUGGCCAUCUGAAACUACUGCCUGCACUCAAUUACACUACAUUAAUGAAAGUUCGUGUUUUUCCAUUCCGUCCAAACUGAUUGUUGGCAUAAAGUCCACCAUACCAAAGUAUUUCUACUGCUUCUAAAGACUGUUUUGUGCAUCUUGUUUAUGUUUUACGAGGACCAAUUUGUCAUGUGUUAUGAUUUGUUAGUGAU